AUGCAUGUGGUUGGUGCACUGCAACCGGAGAUGGCCAUGCAGAUAAGGGAUUUACUGCUGAACCCACCCAGCGACCGCCCUUACACUCACCUGAAGGAAGCAUUGGUCCAGCGUACUUCUGCCUCUGCUCAGCAUCGGAUCAACCAGCUCCUAUCUGCUGAAGAGCUUGGUGAUCAGAAGCCUUCUACCCUAUUGCGCAGACUGCAACAGCUAGCUGGUGAUACUCCAGUGGAUAGCCAAUUCCUCAAGGAGUUAUUUAUGAAGCGUCUGCCUGAUCAGUGUAGAGUAGUACUUGCAGCCAGUCGUGAGUCUGAUAUACAGCAGUUAUCUCUGCUGGCUGACCGUGUCAUGGAAGUCAUGCCAGCCCAUGUCCGUGCUGUUACGGUGCCAGAACCCGUUGCUGAACCUCUGGCGGAGUUGCGUGCCGAGGUCGCAGCCCUCCGCAGAGAGAUGCAAGAUUUGAGUACUCGUGGGCGUUCAGCAUCUCGAUCGCCCACACGAAACUACGGUCGUUCGCGCAGUUCGUCGCAGUCCCGUAAGUCCUCAGGAUUGUGCUGGUAUCACGACAAGUUUGGUGACAACGCUCGUCGCUGCGUCCCACCCUGUGCCAGAGCAGCUACCUUUGUGCAGCCGUCAAACUCCCAGGCCGGUCGGUGA